UGCAAUCUUAAAACAUUUUAGUUUACUCAAAGCAACCUAAGCGAUUAUGUCGAUGUUUUAUAAAAAUAAAUAUUUAACACUAUUUUUUUAUUAUUUAAUAUUAAAAAUUGUAGGAACAUCAUCAGUAACGUAUGAUCAACGACAAACUGGUGAUCUUAAUUUUCAGCUUGAUGUUAAAAAUGUUCAGGUCGUUGCACUUGUCAAUAAAGAUGUCUUGGAUGACUAUGUGGAUUAUGAUUAUGCUUAUGAUUAUGCUGAUUUUACAAUUAAACCAAUAGUCAAACCAACAUCAUUACCUGGUAGUUCAACAGUCAAACCAUUGGUUACUUGGCCAACUAAUUCACCAACAAAUUUAUCAACAACAUUAUCAAGUAUUAAUUAUGAUAAUUCAACAACAAUUUCUUCAAUUGAAAAUACAAAUUCAACAAUGUCUUCAAUUGAAAAUUUAAAUUCAACAAUUUCUUCAAUUGAAAAUUUAAAUUCAACAACAAUUUCUUCAAUUGAAAAUACAAAUUCAACAAUAUCUUCAAUUGAAAAUACAAAUUCAACAACUAAUAAUAUUGCUGAUACAAUAUCAAUAACUGAAAGUUCAUUGUUUAAAUUAAAUUUAAAAAAUCCAUGUCGUAAUGGUUAUCAUAAAACCUCAAAAGGAAGAUGUAGAAAAAAUUUAAGACAUCGUUUAUCAUUAUUACCAUGGUCAUUAAAACUUGCUCCAAGAAAUUCACCACAAUUUAUUCAAGAAUUUUAAAUAAACAAAGUUCAAAAAAAAAAAAAAAGUACAUAAAACUUG